CAAAAGUGUGGCAUCUCGAUUUUUUUGAUGGUAAGCAAAUCAUCGCAGAAUAAUCAGAAAACCCAAAAAAUGGUCUCAAAUGAGUUAAAAAUAGUUAUUGAAUUCAGUGCCGGCGCUGAACUUCUCUUUGAUAAUAUCAAAAAACGAGAUGUCACUUUACCGUUAUCCGACGAGAAAUGGACAGUGCGAAAAUUGCUGAAAUGGAUGAGAGAGAACAUAUUACGCGAGAGACCCGAGUUAUUCAUCCAAGGAGAGACAGUACGACCAGGUAUUUUGGUGCUUAUAAAUGAUACUGAUUGGGAGCUAUUGGGUGAAUUGGAUUAUGAGUUGGAACAGAAAGAUAAUGUUUUAUUUAUAUCAACGUUGCAUGGAGGAUAGAUCUUUUGUAUUAUAAAAGAAAAGUAUACUCGUAAUUUUUAUAAAUAUAUUGUAUAUUAUAUUUUUUGUAACUUAAAAAAAAUUUGUUUAUAUAUAUGCCUAUUGGCAUAUAUAUAUUUUUCAUAACAUUGAAAA